CAGGACCCUUCACACGCUGUUUCUUCUUCAAUAGCUCAGUCGACCUGACGUUAACCCCGUUGUGGCUGCUAUGGACGGCGAAAAUUUGUCUCUCAUUUCCAGGCAUAGAGAUGUGCUCGAGAGGCUUGGAGAUCGCGAGCCAUCCACUACUUUGGAGGCGCAGGCAGUCAUCGAGAGCAUUAGAGCUGAGAAGGGUCAUCUUGACGAAGAGACACUACAUGAAUUGAACUCGAUAUCGGAUCGGAGUCGCCAGAAUGUCUUGCGAAUUGUCGAGCUGAAGAAGGAGACAGAAGCAGCAUAUACCAGAAGCAUCUCAGAACAAUUGUACUCUUCGAAGUACCGAUUGCUGUAUGAGCUUGUUCAAAAUGCCGACGAUGCCCUCUAUCACAAAGCUCACGCGAACAACGAGCCACCUUACCUGGGUUUCACGAUCACGCCUGAUACUUUCGUCGUCGAAACAAACGAGGACGGGUUCACGAGAGCUAAUGUCGAGGCCAUAUGCGCGACGGGAAAGAGCUCCAAAACGGCUUCUGCGGUCGACGACCACAUCGGCGAGAAAGGUUUCGGUUUCAAGUCUGUCUUCUCCGUAGCCGACGAGGUUCAGAUUCAGUCGGGUGUAUGGUCGUUCUACUUCAAGCAUCGCCGAGGCGACGAUGGGUUGGGCAUGGUCACGCCACUGGAUGGUCAAUUCGGCGCAGAGUCUCAGGUUGGGACACGGAUAACCCUCAAACUUUCGGAAGCCGCAAGAACAGAAUAUCAGCGAUUCCUUGACGCUGUCGCUGAUGUUCCUGAUACCACUCUCUUUUUCCUCCAAAAGCUGAAGAUGAUAAGGAUCAACAUUACACGGCCAAAUUCCUCAUCAUCGGAGACUAGAGAAAUUCGUAAACGAGUCAGAUCAUCCGGACGCAAAGUAGUACUGACCCGGACGACGAGGCGUCCCACGGGAGGCAUAGCAACAGCCGUGACGGAAGAAAGUGUCUACCACGUCUUCUCUCAUACUGUCUGGCGCAUGCCGCAAGAUGACCGACGCAGAGGUCGAACCUGGGCAAAAGUUGAGUUGGCCUUCCCGGUGAACGAGGCCGACAAGCAACCGAAGCUAUCUGAGCUCGGCCAACAUGUUUUCGCCUAUCUCCCACUGCAGAGAUUGCCUCAAGUACAGUUUCUCAUUCAAUCGGACUUCAUCACCUCUGCAAGCCGCGAGAGCGUUGUAGACUGCGCUUGGAACGAUGCUAUUAGAGACGGUGUCGCGCAUGCCUUUACAACCGCUGUAGCAUGUUUCGCAGCCGCUGAUCACCCUUUACGGUAUUCGUGGCUCGCCUAUCUUCCUACGAGGCCUAUGGAGCAUCUCUGGAGACCGCUCUACCCCUCGAUUAAGAGAAUGUUGCAGGACAUGCCAAUACUGCAAACCUGGGAGGGCAGGCGCUUCAAAAGUCCUAGCUCGUUACGGAGAAUGACACCACUAGCUUUGCAUCAAGGACAACCCAUCUUCAAGGAUCUUCCCGAGGAAAAAUACCUGGCCCCAGAGUACGAUACCGCUCACGAGACAAUUCUGGACGACCUCGGCGCAACCAAGAUCAAUUUUGAUGACAUGUUGAGACGAUUGGAAGCGGAUCUCUUGAGGCCUACUUCGGAUUUGCGGACACGAGUGCCAAGCGAUAGUUGGCAUGAGUCCUGUGCUGCCUUACUACUGCUGUCUUUCUCAAGCCAAAACCACCGUUCAGUACAGCAGCGCAUGAAGAGGCUGGCGAUUAUUCCACUCGCCGGUGGACGUGCAUGGACUGGCGCCCCAGGGAUCAGCUCCGGAGGUCUCAAUGAGAUAUACUUCCCCAGUACCAACGGUGUCCCUAUCCCCCGGGAUAUUAGCUUGCAUUUAGUGGAAAGUGCUGCAGCGGCCUAUCCCAAGCGCAAAGACUUGUUUCGAAAACUGGGGGUCAAAGAGUGCGCAAAAGAGAUCGUCUUCUUAAGGAUUGAAGCAACUCACAGAUCGCCAAACAUUUCUAUCGAGUACAAACCACACUUCCGGUACCUAUUCCAUUUCCAUCCGCAACCCGCGUCUCUCAGAGAAUGGAUCAAGAUUCCAACUGAAAGAGGAUACCUGGAGCCAACAUCCGCGCUCAUGUACUUUCUCUCCAAUCGCGAAUACGAUACGCAGCAGCUCCUUCCUGAAAGGUUUAGAAGCAGCGAGAACGACAUUGCUACAUUCGUCAAACAAGACUUAGCCGAGCUAGAGCCAUCCCAGGUUCGUCAACAGGAUCGCACUUGGAAAGAAUGGCUUGGACUAGCAACGGGGGCUCUCUAUCAUCCUCCCCUGGUGCAACGGGCGGGCUUGUUUGGCUUGGAGGUAUCGAAAGUCUUAUCUGCUGUUCUCGAACACAACCCGAGAAAGUUUGUGGGUGCAUUGAAAGAGCACUGGGAACAGUACCGAAUAGACGCUCAUCGUGUCAGAGUUCAACUCGGAGAAUGCGAUGUUCCUUGCGAACCCGCAGAAUCCUUUCCGCUCCAAUCGACGUACAUUCCUACUGCCGAGAUCAGAUCGGAACUGCAGAGGUUGGAAGUUCAAGACGGUUUUCCCUUGCUUCGGCUACCCUCGCCCACAGAGAAUUCGAAUCACCAAGAAUGGCGAUUUCUAGAGGAGCUCGGGGUCCGUUUCCGAAUGGAUAUCAACUUCUACAAGCUAAUCCUAGGCCAUCUGAUGGAACGAAGCAAUACCACCAUGGACCGUGUAAAGUAUGUGUACGGAUGCGUAGUGCGACUUACCACAGUUCAAGAUCAAGAGGAACUCAGGAGUUUCUUUGGAUCUCGCCAUUCAAUCGCCUAUUUCGAUGGUUCCAACACGCUGAAGUGGACUACCCCCUCGAAAUGUGUAUGGAAGGGGCCCGAUUUCCUCAGCGUCAAAGUGCCUUUGGAGAAUCAAUACGGCGAAGAAGGGUAUCUUGCCACCCUGUUCCGCGUGUUCUUGGGGAUACGUGAUUCAAAUCAUGGAGAUAUACUAGAUGAGCUCAAACAUAGAAGGCACAACUUGACUGCGAGCCGCUGGUCGCCUUCUGACGCCGAGAAACUGUACCGAUUCCUGGAUGAGACCUUACAAGCGGAAUUCGAGUGGCAGUCCAUCAGGGGAGCUUUCAACCGGGAAAAUUUGGUGGUGGGAACUGGCGGGCGCUGGUACACACUGCAAUCAUGCUUAUGGAGAAGCCCGUUCUCGCUGGCCGACUAUCAGGACCUUUCGACAAUCUAUCCAAACCUAGAGCGAUUCUUCGUGCAUCGCCUCAAAGUCAAGAAUGCAAAUCCGGCGAUGCUCAUCAACGAUAUUAGAAGAAUGGCACAAGAGGACGCUCCACAGAUCGAUGACAUCCGUCAACGCCUCGUCGAAGUGGGCAGGAUGAUUGCGAAAGGAGGAGAUGAUGUGACCUCCUCCACGGCUCUCGACAGACUUAAGGAGGUCAAAUUCUUGCCCAAGAAGGCCGCGGAUGGCAACUCAGUCCUCGUCGGCAUUGACGAUGAUUUUGUCAUCCUUGAUCACAAACGCUACGGUGAUGCUUUCGCACAACACUCGGUGCUUCUCGCUUUCGCACUGGAUGAGGCGCAAACUCUCGAUAAGCUAUUCCAGUGCUUGGGGUUGACGCACCGCUAUCUCUCUUCAGCUGUAACAGAGCUCUCUACCGUGGGGGAAGACGCGAUCGAGAGCGAGGUCCUAGGAGAACAGCUCCGCAGCAAAGCAUACACUCUCUAUUGCUGUGCGACCAAGUACAAGAGCGUCAAAGCCCUACGGGGAGAACGGGAGCUCUUCGAACAACUCUCGCUUGUCCAGAUCUACACUACCAACAACAUGACAACAGACUUAGUCCUCAAUCUCGGCACGAUGCAAGUCAGAGUACAGAGUGAUCGACUAGCGAUCCACCACGAGCUACAGGAAGGACAGCUGAAGAUCUACGUGCCCGCUGAUCAGCGCCAAUGCAAGAGAUGCUACAAAUUACAGCUACCCGGUCUCCUCGCGGGCUUCCUCGGUGUUCUAGGUGAGGCGACCCAUGAUAUAUCGAUCAUCCUCGAGACCAAUACCCGGGACCUGGAGGACACAAAGUCGCUAAUGGAUAUUCCGGAUGUUGACUGGAUCGAGCGGCCGGUGAUAGAGCUCCCUGCCCCGCUAGAAGAUAGAAGUCUAAGCACGCCUGCCCCUGCCAGGCGUCCUUCUGAUAUCGGUAGCGAGAGCUCGGAAGCAUCCUCAGCGCCUUUGACGCCGAGCAGGAAUGUUUUCACGCCAGAAUCCACUGCAGAGCAGAGUGGGCGUGCGAGCCGCAUUCCAUUUGCUGAUGAUGUCAGAACUCCUCCAGUGGCUAUGCCGCCUCAGUACGAAAGGCUCGUCGAGCAAGUUGUGUGGAGUGCGCAGCGAGUAAGCUACGCGCAGGGUCGAGCGAAUUCAAACGCCGCACCCGCACGCAACAUACCACCUUUCAAUGCGCCGCCCGAUGAUGACUUUGACCACGAGCGUACAUUCGGGAACCGCGAUAGGAACGAGAUGGCGCAUGAUAGGAGAAUUGGCGCUGCUGGGGAAGCCUACGUCUUCGAGAUCCUCUCCCGCCUCAACCUGUCCAGCUUUAGUCGCGACAACUGGCGCAGCACGAUCAGAGGCGAAUUGCGAGGCCAUUCUCGCUAUGCGGAUAUGGCUGACUGGCUCGGCCGCGAGACGGCGGAUAUAGUCUACACGGACAGGGAUGGCGGCUUGACCCAGCAUCUCAGAGAGCACUGCUUUGGCGGCUUUCCUGACAGGAUUAGUGAAGACUGGGACUUCGCAGUCCAGCCGAUUGAGUAUUUCCUAGAGGUGAAGACCACGACGAGUGCGUGCCAUACGAGGUUCUUCAUGAGCGGGAGUCAGUUCCAGAGAAUGCAGGACAUCGCUGUGCCAGACUUUGGUAUGGUGAGGCAGGUGUACGUCAUCUUUCGAGUGUUCAAUGUGACGUCCCGUGAGGUGGGCAUGAAGAUCUUUGUGGAUCCUUUCAGGUUCCGGGGUCGGCAUAUUGACUUCGAAGUUGGGACUUGGGUUGGCAAGGUAAGAGAGGGAGUGUGAUAGAACUCGAGACAUCGCUAGAGUACGAGGCCUAGUCUGGGCUGUGUUAUGGCGUUUGUUGAAUGAAAAGAAUCCUCCAUUCGUUUGAUG